AUGCCAUUUUCGCGUAAAUGUGAAAGUGAGGCAGAUUAUAUUGGCCUACUUUUAAUGGCUCAAGCGUGUUAUAAUCCGGAAGAAGCGAUAAAGAUGUGGAAAAGAAUGAGUAAGGCAGAAAAAGUAGCACCACCGCAAUUUUUAAGUACACAUCCAAAUCAUGAAGCAAGGAUAAAAAAAAUAAAUGAGUGGAUGCCCGAAGCACUACAAAAGAGAGCAGAAAGUGAUUGCUUACAUCAAUUUGAAGGAUUUAGAAAAAGACUUAAAAGAAAAUAUAAAGAAAGACUUAAAGGAAAAUAUAAAGGAAGACUUAAAGGAAAAUAUAAAGAAAGACUUAAAGGAAGAUUUAAAGGAAAUUUAAAGGAAAAUAUAAAGAAAGACUUGAAGGAAGAUUUAAAGAAAGAUUUAAAAGAAAAUUUAAGAGAAGAAUUACACGAAAACAAACCUCAAAUUUUACAUCCUUUUUAA